UCAGCUCAGUUGCCGACCAUCAGUCGAGCCUGAUGCUAGUCGCGCGUCGGCUGUCGCCUCUCCCCUCUCACUCACACUCACUUGGCCAGCUAACGCACCUCUCGCUCCCAUGUGGCUCAACCAGCAUUCGGAAGAAUGUGAUGCUUGGCGUGUAGGAAAACUAUUCUGAAUUAGCUGGGAUGUCAGAGGAAGAGGACGCGGACGAGGCAGCGGGGCUGUGGGCGGACCUCGAGCGACACCCGGAGCUGGUGCAGCGCUGGCUGCGUGAAAAGGCCUCACCACAGCUCAUCCGCCGCCUCCUCGACAGCCCACGGCGAGCCUCCCUGGCAGCGACCGCCCCCGGAGGCGGUGACUCCCCUUUCCGCGCCGACUCCACCAACUCGCUGGCACCGUCAACCUUCGACGAGCCCCGCGGCAAACGCAGCUCGGUCACCUCCGAAUUGUUCCAGCUGUGGCUUGCUUCCUCGCCCAUCAAACGAGCCAAGUCUCCCAACAGUAGGCCACGAGUGAGUGGAGAAUGGAGGAGACAGCUGGGACUUCUGGACGAAGGCGAGCUGUUCAUGGAGCUGAUCCGCGACGUGUCCAAUGAGCUGGACAUCGACGUGCUCUGCCACAAGAUCCUCGUCAACGUGGGCCUCCUCACGCACGCCGACCGCUGCAGUCUCUUCCUGGCACGGGGGCCUCCCGAUAACCGUUACCUAGUCGCCAAAUUGUUCGACGUCACUGUCGAUACAGAGCUGGAAGACGCGCUGCAAAAAGCCAAAGCGGAGGAGAUAAGGAUUCCGUUCGGCGUGGGAGUGGCGGGGUCGGUCGCACAGACCCGGCGCGUCAUCAACAUAAACGACGCCUAUGAGGAUCCUCGAUUCAAUAGUGAAAUAGAUAUGAAGACUGGCUACAAAACAAACCUCAUACUUUGUGUUCCAAUUUGUAAUUAUGAAGGCGAUGUAAUUGGCGUUGCUCAGAUAAUCAAUAAAACGGACAGCUCCAAUCAGUUUACAGAUAGAGAUAUCGAAGUUUUUCAACGAUAUCUCACUUUCUGUGGCAUUGGAAUUCAGAAUGCACAGCUAUUUGAAAUGUCUGUCCAAGAGUUCAGAAGGAAUCAAAUCCUGUUGAACUUGGCGCGGAGCAUUUUUGAAGAGCAGAGCAACCUGGAAUGCCUGGUGACGAAGAUAAUGAAUGAAGCCCGAGAUCUGCUCAAGUGCGAGCGGUGCGCGGUUUUCCUUUUAGACCCAGAGUGCUGCGAAGCGAGUCACAUGGAGCGAAUACUGGAGCGUCCCGGCAGAGUUUUCCAAGAGAGAAAGCCGUUGUGUCGACGAGAAAGCAAUAACGUAAAUAUAGAAGAUAUUUUCGAACUACAUGGAGAAGAAAAAAGAAUAGACUUCACCACAGUGUUCGAGUUAAGAGCGAAAUCACAAUCAGCAGAAAUAUUCAGGCCUACAACAAGUGAACUUCAAAACUCACGACUAGCACAAAUAGCCCGAUAUGUUGCUCACACAGGACAAAUCCUCAACAUUGGCGAUGUAUCAUCGUGGAUGAAUCAGGAAGUCCAAGAAUCAGAUGGAUUCAUCACCAGGUGUAUUCUUUGUAUGCCAAUCGCAAAUGGCCAGAAAGAAGUGAUUGGAGUCGCUCAACUAAUUAAUAAGGAAACAGGACAACCAUUCACGGAUGGAGAUGUCUCAAUAUUUGAGGCAUUUGCAAUAUUUUGCGGCCUAGGGAUACAUAAUACACAGAUGUAUGAGAAUGCAUGUAAAUUGAUGGCUAAACAAAAAGUUGCUCUAGAAUGUCUAUCAUAUCAUGCAACGGCAUCAGUUGACGAUACCAUAAAACUUAAUGAAGAUACAAUUCCUAAAGCAGAGGCCUACAACUUAUACAGCUUCACUUUCAUCGAUUUUGGCCUAAGUGAUGAAGAUACAUGCAGGGCAACGAUUAGAAUGUUUCUGCAAUGUAAUCUAGUGGAUCAAUUCCAUAUACCAUAUACUGUUUUAUGUAGAUGGAUCCUGAGUGUGAAGAAAAACUACCGUCCGGUUAAAUACCAUAAUUGGCGACAUGCUCUAAAUGUAACACAAACUAUGUUUGCAAUGCUUAAAACUGGGAAAAUGGAAAGAUUUAUGAGUGACCUUGAGAUUCUUGGAUUACUUGUUGCUUGCCUAUGCCAUGACUUGGACCAUCGGGGGACAAAUAAUGCAUUUCAAACAAAAACAGAAUCUCCUCUGGCAAUAUUAUACACAACCAGCACAAUGGAGCAUCACCAUUUCGAUCAGUGUGUUAUGAUUUUGAACAGCGAAGGCAAUAAUAUAUUCGAGGCUUUAAAUCCAGAAGACUACAGAACUGUGAUGAAAAUUGUUGAGAACUCAAUCCUUUCAACCGAUCUGGCAAUGUACUUUAAAAAAAGAAGUAGUUUCUUAGAAUUAAUUGAGAAUGGAGAGUUCGAUUGGCAGAGUGAAGGGAAAAAAGAAUUACUGUGUGGAAUGAUGAUGACAGCUUGCGAUGUGAGCGCCAUUGCCAAACCAUGGGAAGUCCAGCACAAAAUGGCCAAAUUAGUGGCAGAUGAAUUUUUCGACCAAGGAGAUCUGGAGAAAUUGCAGCUGAAUCAACAACCAGUUGCCAUGAUGGAUCGGGAGAGGAAAGAUGAAUUACCACAAAUGCAAGUUGAAUUCAUAGAUAUCAUCUGUCUUCCACUCUAUAAGGUGCUAUCCGAUACAUUUCCAUGGAUCAAGCCACUAUACGAAGGCUGCAUUGAAAAUAAGCAGCACUGGCAAGAUUUAGCAGAAAAGGUUGAAAUGGGAUUGACUUGGAUUGAUCACGACGUCAUUGAGAAGCCAGUCGAAGAGUUUUCAGUUCUGGACGUGACAAAGGAUAUAGAGUUCACAGUCACAACACUCAACUGUGCUCAUGCUGCUGAGAAAAAGCCAAGUGUGCCAACCGAUCAAACAAAUCCAACAUCGACCAAAACUGCACAGAGAACAAACAACGGGUCGGUAACGGCGAGAUUCACGAGUUUGAGGCGAACCAAACACCUGGGAAAAUCAGUUCGCGCUCGGCUCAGUCGCUCCAUGUACAACACGACGCGGCCGCCUGAAGAUGAGCCCACGUCACCCACUGCUACCCAAGCGCAUGCCCACGCACCCGCCAUCAGCGAGAGCAAGAGUUGGGCCACCGCCCCUCCCCAACCUCAAACCACUACCGUCACCACUCAUCCCCACAAAACAAAAAGCAAAUUGUGCAUGCUAGUUUAGAUAGUUCCUACUUUCAAAAUAAAAUUCUCUGUCUUCCUUCGCAAUUAUUAUCAUAUGAGUAAUGUUCCAUAAUAUUUCAAGUUUAUACUUUCCAUUUUCCCUUUAAUUUUUUCCAGAUAGAUCAAUAAUAUUUUAAUUCCAGCAUGUUAUUUUUGAAGACGGAAGUUUUUACUUAGUUCAACAGAAUAACUACCGUAAUGAAUUUGAUGAUUCUGUCAAUACGUAAUGAAUCGCAAAAUUAUCAUUCUUCUUCUUGAAGUACAGUAAAUGAGAAAAUAACCUUUUUCCGAAAAACAAUCAUAUUUUCGCCAACUUUGGUUCCACUUGAGAAGGGGUUUUACUUGGUUUUGAAAAAAAAAUUUGUUGUAGUUGAGACACUGUGUUACUUGUAAAUAUUUGAAAUAACACUUACUAUUCUUGGAGUAUUGAGGAAUGCAUUUCACUCCUGAAGAGGAGCUUCAUCAGCCUGAUGAGGCUGAGAGGCUAAUGAAGCUCCUCUUCAGGAGUGAAAUGCAUUCCUCAAUACUCAAAGAAUAGUAAAUGUUUUUUUUCAAAUAUUUACAAGUAACACAGUUUUUGAACUACAAAAAAAGUUAUUAUAUAGGAUAGUGUUUCGUCAUGGAAAGCAACAUCAAUUUCAAAAAACUAUUUAUACGAAAAAUGGUGGUCAUGGCUGUUAAUAGACUGCUGCAACAUUGAAACAACAUAAAAAUACUUGUAAGCUUUGAGUGCACUUGAGAAGUUCUGAGAGAUGAUUGAGAGUUCAUGAUUGCACCAAUAUUUUUCUUCUAAUGGUAAUGGAAUGAGUGCGUUGAGAUGAUCAAAUGUCAAUGUCUAUAAACGGGAUUCGAACUCACGGACCACACACACACACACAGUUGUUGGUUCUAGGUGAUGGUUAUAACGUCCCAGAACACUAGACCAACCGGGCUGAGUGAGUAAAAUGUAUUAGUAUACCAUCAAAUGUUUCGUAUUUGAUCAACCAAACAUACCUAAGUAAUGUUGGCUAGUCAUGGAAAAGUGCAACUUGAUAAAUUAUUCCAAAAGGUCAAGUUCAUUAGGCCUGCCUAUUCUACCUCACAUCAAACCUUCUAUAAUUCAAGAUAGCUUGAUUAAUCUGUCUUCAAUUUUAGGAUAGUAAGUUAUUUAUUGUGUAGGCUGGAUGAAUUUUCCAGUUAUCAGAUUCUGUUGAACUUUUUCAGCCUGCUAAUAAAAUAUCCUAUCGCCUUGUAUCCUUCAGCAAUAAAAUUCUAGUCAUUUAUAUACUCUAUCUAGUCAGGUCUGCUCUUACUAGUAUUCUUUCUAGUCAAUUUGAAUAAGUAUGAAAAUUGUUAUAUUUAUUGCAACUCUUUUAAAAUAAGAAAAUAUAAUUCAUUGAUGUACCCUUUCUGAAAUGAUCAAUAUGAAAAAAUUAAUUUGUUCUACCUAGUAAGAUGCAAUACAGUACCUAUGUUCAAAUGACAUAUUGAAAAGAAUCAGUAGUUUUGGAAGUUGUUAUUUGAUGUUAGGAACAUGAUUGUAAUAUUACUUCAGGCCUAUGUUGGACAUGGAAAACUUCAAAUUGUGUGAGAGCAUUUCAAUAAUGCUGCACGGCACUUAAAAUUGAUAACAGUUUUCCACGAAUUAUUUUUGAAUAAAUGAGAAAUUAGCAUGUAAGUCGAAAUAAUUAAGUAGUAUCUCUUUGUCUCUCCCUUUAAUAUUGACUGUUGAAAGUUUAAAUAAUGUUAGUUGUAUAAAAGCCAUCUUCUCUUCUAUGAUGUAUGUUGAAAAAUAAAUAUUAUAAUGUGUUUCCAUUUGUAAAUAAUAGUAUUUUAAAUACGGCUUAUACUUUGUACAGUGUCCCAAAAAAUCUGGAUCCCAGGACCGACCAAAACGGUAUUCUACUAGGUACUAGUUGAAACAAAAAGAAAAUGUAUCAUUCAGUGUCGGAUUAGGUUUGGGUGCAACCCUUACUUUUGGGUUACAGUAGAGAGCACUUCAUCUUCAAAAAAUAAAACCAGUUUUCUGAAGAAUUUCAUUUUUAUCAAGAUACCCGUUCAAACACUGAGAAAUAAUCUAGUUAACUUGAAUAACAUUUGUAGCCCAAUUGUUUAUAAUAUAUAUAAUUAUUGAUAAAUACACACUGACAAUAUUGCCAAGGAUUUCAUUGAAUUGAUGCAAAGACUUUACAUGAAAGCCUCAACAUUUCAACGAAAUAUGUUGUUUUUCAAGAACUGUUAUAAACUCAUUUGAAUAAGACUUAACAAUUGCUGAUACAUUUCAAAAUCAUUGGGAGAGUUUUUUCUAAUGAAAAUAUUUAUUCUGCCAGCUUUGGGGUUCUGGAGACAUGAUUUUAUGGGACAGUCUGCGUAUUAUUUGAAUGUUAUAGGGUGAGAUAAUUUAUUAGUUCUAGGCUAUUUGAAACCAGAUGAUAAAGGAGCAUUUAUAUUUUGUUAUCAUGAAAUAUUUUAUACAAUAAGUGGCUGUGGUUUUUGAUGAUUGUUGGUCUCACCUAUACAAAUGUACAUAACUUGACAUACAAUAGGUAUGACUCUGGUUCAUAGUGAAUCUAUGUGUGAGUUUGUAUCUACAAAUCCAGUAGAUCUGAUAAUUUGCACUUUUUAUAAUGUUUUACACUAAUUGGAGAUUCUAUGUACAAUAAUUCUUAGGUGUGUGAAGUAAAGUUGACAAUGGAGUUACUGUGAUUCUUGAAUGAGUUUAUUUAAUUAUGGAGAAACUGUGAUAGUAUUAAUAGCAGAGAUUGAAAGAUGAAAAGCUGUCUGGCAGGGAAUAGGCUUAAUAGCAGGAAAAUGUUCAGGAAUGUGAGUAUAAUAUUUUCAAUUGAACUACAUUGAUUUGCCUCAAGGUAUGUGGGAGCUAAUCAGAGUGGAAACAGAUUAAUGAAGUGGCAACACAGCACCUAAUAAAUGAGUUCAAGUGAUGUAUACGAAUAUUGAAUGGAAAAUGAGAGAAAAAUAAUUAUAUGAGUUUUCUUAUAACUUGAUGUCAUCCUGAAACCUUCAUUUUCAAAACUUCACAAAAUUAAAACUAUCGAUGUGAAGCAAUUUUAAAACAAACCUGGAAGAAUAGCGUUAUCGUACAAGAAAAUUUUCAAAAGGUUAAUGAGUGGCGUCUAUUAUAUGAGAAUGAAAUUCAUAUUCACGGGUAUCCAAUUCAAUAGUGGUGAUUCAAGUUGAGAAAUCUUAUAAGUAUGUGGGAACCAUAAAAAUAUUGUCAAAGGAGGAAUUCAGUGCAAUAAUCUGAAAUAAUAUAUUGUGUGUUUCCACAAUAUAACAGCAUUACAGAAACGCCGUUCAUAUAUCAAAUUGAUAUUUCAAGAUCAAAUGUGACAAAACAAGUAUUUCAGAUUUUACAAAAACCAGUGACUUUAGAAGACCAUAUUGUUUCUGUAUAGUCAAAGAAUAGAGAUGAAAUGGAUAUCUAUUGUGAAAAUUCUAACUAUACAACUUGAAGAAUUCAGGAAAUUAAAUACAGAAUUUUGAAAUGUUAUUCCAAAUAUGGUCUACUUUGGCAUCCCGAAAAUUGAAAUAGUUUCCAUGUAUUUCACAAAUUUCAAUACCGUACUAAUAUUAAAAUUCUCUCUCUCAAUUUGUGUGAUUUUCUUUUUAUUUGGUGUGCGAACAGUGAAAAAGCAAUAUUGAUUAUUUGUAAGUAGUUGAAUGUGCAAUUCUAUUUGUAAAUAAAAUUCUUCCAUGUAAAAUUUAUACAUAAUUGAAUGUAGUAGAUCCAAUUAUAAAACUGUAAAUAGAAUUUCAAAUUUGUCGAAUCAACUUCACCUGAAAAGGCCUAAAAUAAACCUUACUAUUUGUACUGUG